UUUGCAGGGCAGCCUGUAUGAUCAGUCGGCCCACUAGAGGGAUAACAUGAGGAGCGUGGUUCUGUGGGCUCUGUUGGGCCUGAUGUGUCACAGCACACUGGUCAGCAGCCACGCACUGGGACGGGCCUCUUCUACCAGUGACCUUGGUCAACUCAAGUCGUUGUUGCAGCGUUUUGAGGAGACUCUGGCCGAGGCAGUGCAGGAAGAAGACGCUCCAGACGCAGAUUAUGAAGGAACAAACCAACAGUCGGAGCGCAGCCAGGCCAACCAGGGAUGGGGCUUGGACCGGGAAGUUGAUGAAGAUCUGUUGAAAUCAGAAAGACCUCCACCUCAGGCAGAAGGUCGAGGCAGGCCUCUGAGUCAGAGGAGCCGUCUGCAGGACCUGCUGAUGAGCAGGAGGAUGACCUCCAGCUGCUUCGGAGCCAGAAUGGAUCGGAUUGGGAAUGCUAGUGGUCUGGGAUGUAACAGCGGAAGAGGUGAGAUCUGGAAUAUUAAAGACAGGAAUUAUAUCAUUAAUUACAUAAAGGGUGGAUCAAAUUAG